AUGGUGCCUGGCACGGAGCAGGAGCAGCCGUGGUGGCUGCUGGGACAGAUGGAAGACCUGCUCCGGCUCCUUCUGGUGAAAGCUGCGUGUCUUCUCCUCCAGGCUCCCAAGGUGAGGCGGCAGAGUGACACCUGGGGCCCCUGGGGUGACUGGAGCCCCUGCAGCCGGACCUGCGGAGGGGGCAUCAGCUUCAGGGAGCGCUUCUGCUACUCGCAGAGGAGAGAUGGGGGCUCCAGCUGCGUGGGCCCCGCUCGCAGACACCGCUUGUGCCACAUCGAGAGCUGCCCCCCAGGUGCCCGCGACUUCCGGGCAGAGCAGUGCGGGGAGUUCGACAGCCGCGAGUUCCAGGGCCGGCAGUACCAGUGGCUGCCCUACUACGGGGCCCCAAACAAGUGUGAGCUGGCCUGCAUCCCCAAGGGGGAGAGCUUCUACUACAGGCACAGGGAGGCCGUGGUGGACGGGACGCCCUGCGAGCCUGGCAAACCGGACGUCUGUGUGGAUGGCGUCUGCCGGGUUGUGGGCUGUGACCACAAGCUCGAUUCGUCAAAGCAGGAGGACAAGUGUCUGCAGUGUGGGGGUGACGGCACGACCUGCUACCCGGUCACCGGCACCUUUGACGUCAGUGACCUCAGCAGAGGCUACAACCAGAUCCUCAUCGUUCCCACGGGGGCCACCAGCAUCCGCAUCGAGGAGGUGGCUGCCAGCAGGAAUUUCCUGGCGGUGAAGAGCAUCCAGGGUGAGUACUACCUCAACGGGCACUGGACCAUCGAGGCCGCCCGCGCCCUGCCCGUGGCCAGCACCAUCCUGCACUACGAGCGGGGUGCCGAGGGGGACCUGGCACCGGAGCGGCUGCAUGCCCGCGGCCCCACCUCGGAGCCCCUGGUCAUCGAGCUCAUCAGCCAGGAGUCCAGCCCCGGCGUGCGCUACGAGUACCACCUGCCCCUGAGCACCCCCCGGCCCGGCUUCAGCUGGAGCCACGGCUCCUGGAGCGACUGCAGUGCUGAGUGUGGCGGAGGUCACCAGUCCCGCCCUGUGUUCUGCACCAUCGACAAUGAGGUCUACCCCGACCACAUGUGCCAGCACCAGCCACGGCCGGCCACCCGCCGCCCCUGCAGCCCUCACUCCUGCCCACAGACCCAACGCUGGAAGACAGGGCCCUGGACACCCUGCUCGGCCUCCUGCGGAGGUGGCUCCCAGUCCCGCUCCGUCUACUGCGUCUGGUCCGAUGGGGCCGGCGGCGAGGAGGCGAUGGAGGAGGUCCAGUGUGCAGGCCUGCCCGGGAAGCCCGCCACCACCCAGGCCUGCAACCUGCAGCGCUGCGCAGCCUGGCGGGAGGAGCCCUGGGGAGAGUGUUCCGUCAGCUGUGGUGCCGGCAUCCGGAGGAGGAGCGUCACUUGCCGGGGCGACGAGGGGUCUCUGCUGCAUGCCUCAGCCUGCUCCUUUAAGGACCAGCCGCCGCUCACGGAGCCCUGCGUGCACGACGACUGUCCCCGCCUCAGUGACCAGGCCUGGCACGCAGGCGCCUGGAGUCCAUGCUCCAAGAGCUGCAGCUCGGGCACUCGGAGACGGCAGGUGGCGUGUGCCAUUGGGCCACCCAGCCACUGCGGGAGCCUGCAGCUGUGGAAGCCUGCAGAGGUGGAGCCCUGUAACACGCAGCCCUGCCCUCUUCCUCCGGCCAGCUCCCCAGAAGCCCCCAGCGGGCAGGACGUGCACACCAGCUUCAGGGCCCCCUGGAUGUCUUUGGGCCCUCGGGAGGCCCCCGCUUUGGAUUCCAGAGACCAGUGGUGGGCACCCCGGGAGCAGCCCUCAACUCCGGGUAACCCCAGAGGAGACCAGGGCCCCCACCUGCCAGCCCCAGGCCCAGCCUCUUCUCUGCAGCCGUCCCCAGAACAGCAGCCCCUGUGGUCUGGCCCGGGGCCCCAGGACUGCAGGCACAGCCCCCACGGGUGCUGCCCCGAUGGCCACACGGCCUCUCUGGGGCCGCAGUGGCAAGGCUGCCCCGGGGCCUCUUGUCAGCAGAGCAGGUAUGGGUGCUGCCCUGACGGGGUGUCUGUGGCUGAGGGGCCCCAUCAAGCUGGCUGCGCAAAGUCUAACGGCGACGACAGGAGGAGGUCGGGGUCGAGAGCAGUGGCCUCCACAGUGCCCCAGGCCCACCAGCCCCAGGCCCAGCAGAGUGAGCCCACUGAGUGCCGGGGCUCCCAGUUUGGCUGUUGCUAUGACAACGUGGCCUCGGCAGCAGGCCCCUUUGGGGAAGGCUGUGUGGGCCAGCCCAGCUACGCAUACCCCGUGGGGUGCCUGCUGCCCAGCGCCCUCGGCUCCUGCACAGACUGGGCCCCCCGCUGGUACUUCAUCGCCUCUGUGGGCCGGUGUAACCGCUUCUGGUACGGUGGCUGCCACGGCAACGCCAACAACUUUGCCUCGGAGGAGGAGUGCAUGAGCAGCUGCCGGGGGUCUCAACACACGCCCCGCCAACCCGAGCCCGGGGCCGCUGGCCAGAGCACCCACAGAGCUGGUGGUGGCAGGGCCGGGCACCACCCCCAGACCUCAGGAGAACGGCCCUGGGGCCCGGAGCUGGGGUCCAGCACCCCUGACCUGGGCGGAGAUGCUGGGCGGCCAGCACCCCCCUCCCACAGCUCCUCCUCCAGGGUGAGCCUGGCCGGCGCGGAGCCCUUUCUGGUGCAGGCGCCCCUGGGGCAGGUGGUGCGGCUCUUCUGCCCGGGUGUCGCCUCCAUGGACCCCCCUACCAGGUGGCAGAAGGACGGGCAGCCCCUCUCCUCUGACAGACACAGGCUGCAGCCUGAUGGUUCCCUGGUCAUCAGCCCCCUGAGGGCAGAGGACGCUGGCACCUACAGCUGUGGUGCCAGGCCAGGCCGUGACUCUCUGAAGAUCCAGCUUCGCAUCACAGGGGGUGACGUGACCGCGCCAAGGCACUUCCCUCAGACCAGGGACCCCGCCCCGGGCCACCGCCCUCAGGACUCCAGCCUAGGGAGGGAUGCUGGGGGCCUGGGGGCCAUCUCCUCUCCUCACCCACGGCCCUCGACCAGGCUGCGCCUGGACCAGAGCCAGCCCGGGGUGGUGGACGCCCAUCCCGGCCAGCGGAUCCGGUUGACCUGUCGCACUGAGGGCUUCCCACCCCCAACCAUCGAAUGGCAGAGAGACGGGCAGACCCUCUCUUCUCCCAGACACCAGCAGCAGCCUGAUGGCUCUCUGGUCAUCAGCCAAGUGGCUGUGGAAGAUGGUGGCUUCUACGCCUGUGUCGCCUUCAAUGGGCAGGACCGAGACCAGCAAUGGGUCCAGCUCAGAGUUCUGGGGGAGCUGACGAUCACAGGGCUGCCCUCUACGGUGACGGUGCCAGAAGGUGACACGGCCAGGCUGCUGUGCGUGGUGGCAGGAGAAAGUGUGAACAUCAGAUGGUCCCGGAACGGGCUGCCGAUACGGGCCGAUGGCCACCGUGUCCACCAGUCUCCAGAUGGUACUUUGCUGAUCCACAACCUGCGGGCCGGGGACCAGGGCUCCUACACGUGCAGCACCUACCGUGGCAGCCAGGCAGUCAGCCGCAGCACUGAGGUGAAGGUGGUCCCACCAGCACUGGCCGCCCAGCCGAGGGACCCCGGCAGGGAUUGCAUGGAUCAGCCGGAGCUGGCCAACUGUGAGCUCAUCCUGCAGGCCCAGCUCUGUGGCAAUGAGUAUUACUCCAGCUUCUGCUGUGCCAGCUGUUCCCGUGCCCAGCCUCAUGCGCAGCCAGUCUGGCAGCAGGGAUGAAGGCCGGCUCCAGCCCCAGUUCUGAAACAACUCGUAGGGCUGGGGAGAAAGGCAGGGAGACUCUCACUCCCCCCUCUGUGGCUGCCAAGGGAGUUACCUUCUGGAGACACUGCUCCCCACCCCACCCCACCCACCCAGUGUUUAGCCUCAGCAGAGGCCAGAUCAGCAUCUCUGACAUGACGGAAAGAAACCUGUUUGGAUUAGGAUGUGCUUUACUUUACAACUUCCCUCUAUAAUUUCUGGUACACAGGAGCAGUUCACUGUGUUUUAAAAUGAGCUACCAGGGUUUUCACUUCAUGUGAAGCUGGAUAGGGAGGUGCAUAACUAUUUUAGUUAACACCUACCUAACUCCCGCUGUGACAGGGAAGGAUGCUUUGCUAGAACUAGAUCUCAUCUGGGGUCAAACAGUGGCCUGUGCUCUAGUCCCUCUCAACCUUCCAGGUAGUAAGUAGCAACCAGCUUCAAGCCCAUCUGUGCAUAUGGUUAACAGCAUAACAUUGGUGAAAGCUCUCAGGAAAGUGAACUAUGAGGUAAGGCUCACCUAGGAAUUUAGUAUGAAAGGGUAGCAGUUGCAUUAUUAUCUGAGCAUGAAAGAACUGGAAAAGCUGCUUACUUUCAUCGGGAAGCUGGAGCCGGAAGCCCUCCUCCUGAGGCCAACAGGAAGAGCUGGCUGUGAGGACCGCCUUACACCUGUAUGGAGCUGAUCGACGGCCCUGCUCUGUACUGAGACCAACAAGGAGCCGCUCCUUCUCGAGUAGGAAUCUGUGAAUCAAAGUGUUUGCUGCCAGAUAAAAGCCAGUCUAUUAUUAAAAACAGCAGCCUGGCCAGUGUGGCCCAGUGGUUGAGCAUCAACCCAUGAACUAGGAGGUCAGGGUUCGAUUCCCAGU